UAUGGUAGCGCUGAGACACUGCGACAACGACACUCACAUGCGUUCUUCGUUUCGUUAUUUUUAGGCUAGAUUGAGCUCGAUCUUUGAAUACGCCGAUUAUUGACGGUUUAAAUAAAUAUUACGACGCCAAUAAUAAUGGAGGUAGAACGUUAUGAAGUCAGAAUCAUCGACGAAGUGAAGGGCAAAGGCCUUUUCGCACGACACAAUAUCAAAGAAGGCGAGCAGAUAUUGGUAGAGAAGCCGAUACUUUGUUGCCAAUUUGCAUGGAGCACCGAUUAUGGAUAUUUGUCUUGUGACAAUUGUAUGCGUCCUUUGGAAACUGCAGAGGAGAACGUUCGCAGAUUAACUGGAAAAACCAAUAUAAUAUUGCCUUAUCCUCAAUGCUGCGAAACUCAGAAAGAAACCAUUGUUGAGUGCCAAGCUUGCGGCAUUAAAUACUGCUGUAAAGAAUGCCUCGACGAAGCCAAUGCAAAGUACCACAAAACUCUGUGCUUGGGAUCAAGAGAUGCCAAUGAAUCUCACCCUUUGACUCAACUCAAAGAGACGUGGAAAAGGAUUUAUUAUCCUCCUGAAACUGCUACGAUUAUGCUCUUAGCUAGAAUGGUUGCCUAUGUCAAUCAAUCGACCGAUAAAUCUGUUGCGCUUGCAACUUUUGCACAGUUCUGUCACAAAACUGUCAACGAAAUUGAAGAAAUUGCUCACAAUCUUAUGGGCGAAAAAUUCGUUACUGAAAUCGAUGUACUCAGAUAUUCCAUGCAGAAUGCACUCAAUUCGGAAUUUACAACCAAUUGGUUCACUCCUGAUGGAUUCAGGAGUUUACUGGCUCUGGUAGGAACAAAUGGUCAGGGCAUAGGUACAAGUGCAUUCGGACGAUGGGCGAAGAACGUUUCAGCACUGGAAUUGCCUGAGGAUGAAAGAAUUCGAAUAGACAAACACGUGGAUCAAUUGUACGACGAUAUGGACGAAGUCGUUGGAACUUAUUUGAAUAAUGAAGGUUCAGGAUUGUACGCACUUCAAUCCACCAUAAAUCAUAGCUGUUCACCAAACGCAAACGUUGAAUUUCCCUUUUCGAACAGUACUCUUGUCGUAACUGCUACGAAAGAUAUUUCUGCAGGUGAAGAAAUAUGCAUAGGGUAUUUGGACGAGUGUGAGCUCGAGAGGAGUCGCCAUUCUCGACAGAAAGCUCUAAGCUCGUUGUACCUAUUCAAUUGUCGUUGUGACAAGUGUGUGGCUCAAGCGGAUGAUCCUGACUGUACAUCGGAUGAAGAACCGUUCGAAGAUGCUGACUCUGAACCAAUGUCGGAUUAAAGACCAAGACAUUUAUUGUGGACAUGAAAAAAAAUUAUUGAUACUAUUGUAAUAAUAAGAGAAAAAUCGAAUGAACUCGCUGGUAUAACUUCACUAAGAAUAUACGUUUACACAAUGAAA